GUGCUGCAGCUGCCCCUAACCCUUCAACAAAAACAACAACAAACUAUACCCUUGAAUGGGCUUCAGGAUAGCUACGGGUCACCUAACUCUUUUUUGAAGUGGUUAAUGUGCGAACUUUAAAACUUAGAGAAACUCCUGGUUAUGUAUGAUGUAAAAUGUAUCUGUAUUAAACAAUACGAAACUACAGCCUUACCAACUUGGAUGUGGAUGUUCUGCAUAGCUUUGGGAAACGGAGUUUUUGAAAGCUUCAUAAUUUAUCAGGACUAAUUCAAUAACCAUCUGUACUAUUUAAUAUUCAUUCCUUAAGUACCUAUUCUGCUUCCAAUUAUCAUUCUCGGUGCUCUACAUCCUCGGCUCACAACCGGGGGACCCGGGUUCAGUCUCCGGACACGACAGUCAAUACAGUAUCAGGGAAAAUGUCUGUCAGUGCACCAAGUGUUUUUCUGGUGAAUGUCACCGGGCAGAUUGAAACAGGACGGUUUAUGGGUGGUGAUAACCUCUAUUUUAAUUACUGUUUCACCGCUGGACAAGAUUGGGAAGUUAUACUGGGGUUGGAAGAAUGUGCCUCUCAGAGCGCUCGUCGCAGUGAUGACGAGCGACAGGUGUUUGUAUGGAACUUUCCAAUAGAUAUUACUUUCAAGUCAACUAAUCCUUUUGGAUGGCCACAAAUAGUUAUCUGCAUAUAUGGAUCAGAUUUUUUUGGAAACGUGGUGAUAAUGGGUUACACAGCCUGUCACGUACCCAUCACUCCCGGCACACACACGCGAAGGCUUACCACCUUUGUACCAGAGUCUGCAUCCACUGUUCAGAAGUUGAUGUCGUGGCUCACUGGAAGAAGACCCGAAUUUGUUGAUCCAAAACUCAUAUCUCAGGGCAGAGGACGAGAAGUGACACGUGUGCGAUCCCAAGGAGAACUUACAGUAACCUUCAAUGUGAUGAUGAAGGACUUCACUAAACUUGGUUAUAAUUGUGGGGCAUCUGGCAGGACUUCCUAUCUUGCUGCUCCUAUCAAACUUCCAACAAGUAUCACAGUUCCCAGGGAAGGUCAGAGUGAUGCAUGAUUCUCCCCAAUACUAGUCUGCCUUAUACACAAAAAUUAUCAUAUAGCAGUACAAUACAGUACUGUAUAUACAUGUGCCUUUUUGUUGUUAUUUUCAUACACAUAGUACAGCAUUGUACUAUCAAAUGGCUACUAUUUAAGAUUUAUAUUUUUCAUAUAUGAAAUGUUUAUAAUAUGCAUUUAAGCUUGUUUAUAGCUUAAUAACACUGAAUUAUGGUUGCAUAUGGGAUCACUUUCGUUCUGCCAUUUGUAUUGUCUAGACCUGCGUUUCUCAACCGGGAUUCUGCAAUAAAUAAUGAUAAUUAGGCUAAUUCUAAUCAUAUGCAAAUGUAUUUUUGAGUAAUUUUUGUGUUUAAUUUUUGUUGUUUAACCAGUAAAGUAAGAUCCAGAAUUAUUUAAAUGGUACAACGGUUGACAAAUGCUGGUCCAGAGUAUACUGGUCUAGAGUAUACUGGUCUAAAGUAUACUGGUCUAGACUUUACUGGUUUAGAUUAUGCUGGUCUAGACUAUAUUGGUCUAGAUUAUAUUGGUCUAGAUUAUGCUGGUCUAGACUAUACUGGUCUAGAUGCAUCAGAUUAAGUGUAACCAAUCACGUAAUUUAUUAAACCCGGACAAAAUAUUUUCCAUACAUGCACAUCAUGCAUGUAGUGGCUGUUAUAUGAAUUUAAAUUAUUCCUAACAUUUGUCAUACCCAAAAGCUGUUAGUUUUCAUGGCAAGAUAUGCACAAGCUCCAUGUGAUUUUAUCUAUGUAAAAUCAAUGGAUACACAAUGAUUUGUUACCAAUGCACACACACGAAGCAAACACGAACAGAUAGAAUAUGGCACUGUAAACAAAAAUAUAUUUCAAUGAAUGAAAAUAAGUCACCCAAUUUAGGAGAGAUCACUGCCUCUGGACUGAACAUGGACACAGACGAUAAAAUAUGACAUGAUCCGAGUUUGGGAACCCAGGGUAAGUGUCAGUGCUGCCACCUGGUGGUGGGCAGUUAAGUGAGGCUAUGUUGGGAAAUUUGCCGGUCACUUGUGAUGCCAGGUAAGAAUUCAGAAGGGCUUUGCAUCUGUAUGGCUGUAUGUCUAAUGGUCUUUCUGGAGUGGAUACAGCUUCUCUUUUGGGCUUCUGUAGCAUUCUGUACGACCCUGGGGAAAUGUUUUAAAAGAUCCUUGCAGCACCCAUGCCCGAAUGUUAUUCUGUGUUGAAAAUCAUUCAUGAAUCCUUUCUCUGACAUCAGAUUCUUAUUUUAGGGAGCACCACAAUGGCUGUGCUCAGAAAGGUGCAUUUUUAUUGACUCAAACAUUUUUUUUUACAUUUUUUUUAUAUAGUACCACUAAUUCUUCUGUACAGGUAGUGUGUACACUCACUACAAUCAUUGGUAGUCAUAGCAUUUUCUGGGAGGAGCCCCUUCGGCUUCCCGGAACUAUCCGGGCUGAUAUGAAUGUACAGUAUUAGACCGUGGUAUCAGUUAAACGAAAGGAGUUCUAGGCCUACCGGGGACCA